AUGUUGAUGAGAUGUUCAACUAGGAAGAUAUCCCUGAUAUCGGGAUCCAUUUGGAAACGGUUCAUCAAUUGUAAUUCAUGUGGUGUGGAGCUACAAAAUAAAGAUUCACACAAGAAAGGUUACUUUACCAAGAAAUCGGAAGCUGAAGAAAUACAGAAACCAUCGGUUGACAGGAUAAAAUAUUUGCUAUUUAGUCAGAAUAUUCAGAAACUAAACGAUGGUAGUGAACGAGAUAGAGUUAAAAAAGUAGAGUCUCCGCCGAUUUGUAAAAGGUGUAAUGAUGCUUUACAUCAAAAUAAAUACAAUAUUGAAGAUUUCGAAAAAUACACGUUUAAUGAAAUUAUGUCUAAUAUUCCGGAUCAAAGUAAUAUUCUUCAUCUAGUAUCGUUUCCUGAAUUUCCUUUAGGCUUAAAUAGUCGAUUACUUCAAGAUAAGAAACAUAAUGUCGAGUUAGUUUUAACUAAAGCAGAUCAAGUUAUACCAACAAAAUCUAUACUACAGAAAAAUGCCUCAUUAUUUUUAAAAGAUUUUCUGAAAUAUCAUUUAAAUAUUAUCUCUAAUAAAGGUGUGAUCAUAUCGUCCUUGAAAAAGUGGAAUAUUGAAACUUUGUACUCUAUGUUAAAAUCUAAGACAUACCUUAUGGGUAACGCUAAUGCUGGGAAAUCUUCAUUAAUUAACGCAUUGAUUAUGAAAUAUGUUGGAAAAAAGAUAAUAUUCGACAAGAAGGGAAAUAUUGUGACGAAUAAUGACUAUACGGUGGAGAAUAUCCAACAUCAUAUGAAGAACAACAGUGCUGGUGUAUAUCAUGUUCCAAAUAUGACUCGAAAUUUACAAGCCUUUGACAUUAAUGGGAAAGAAAUAUAUGAUUUGCCGGGGUACUCAGAAGAUAUUAAUAAUAUAUAUUUAGAAAAUACCAUAUCUAAGAGUUGGUUACAGCAAAUAAGAAAAACCGAACUAUUUGAUAACAAAAAGAUAAAAAUGAAGCAUUAUACAAGUUUCAAAGGAACAGAAAAUGGUGCUUGUUAUACAGUUGGUGGUAUUUUUUAUUUAGUACCCCCAAAGGGAACUAUCAACCAGAUUGUCAAAUAUAUUCCUGGUAAAUCUAGUGAAUUUAAAAACAUUGAUAAAGCUUUGGAAGUUUUUCAUGAAUGCACGUUGCCAGAUUCAAAGCAUCCUUUAAAGAAUUAUUGUGGCAUAAAAAAUAUUGCAUGUAAUAAAAAGGAUUUGGUUAGAUAUAUAUUGCCACCAUUUCAGGGCAGUGUUGAAAUAGUCAUGAAGGAUAUGGGUUACAUUUUAUUGAGGUCCACUGGCUCAUAUCAAUAUCGAGGGUUAUAUGAGGUGUGGUUACCAAAGGGGAUUGAAAUAUGUAUAAGAGAACCAUUGGAAAAAUUGAUAACAGAAAAUUACAAGAGAUAUAUUGAUACAAAGGGUUCAUUACCCGUUUUCCCUACAGACAGACCUAUCAUCAGUUCCUGUUAUCCAAUGGAUCCAGAUGAAACAAAUACUUUGGCCAAGAUGAAAGACAUAUAUAUGGAAAGAACAAGCAAUGACUUGUCGGCACGUAGAUAUAAAGAUGUCGACCCCAUUGAUUUAUUGAGUACGAAAUCAGAAGAGCAUCAUAAUAUUUACUGGUACUAUAAAUGGUGA